CAGUGAAAAGUGCUCAUGAGUUGAUUCCCAGUCGUCAGAAAGCUCUGUCUAUGUCAGUUACGUCGACCGGACCCCGGAAACUCAAGUGGGACCUACUGCCAAGUCGAUGAGAGCGCAUCGGAGAAGUGUAACAUCACUAUAGUGCGACGCGGGACUUCCCUCGUCUCUCCGUCCGGAACCAGCGCAGCCCAAAGAGGUCCAGUUCAGUGGGGUGUUUGGAGUUCGGGCUUCGGCCUCAGGUGCAUCUCUGAGGCGGGGCGACGCGGGAGUCCAGGUGUAGUGGAGGCAUGGACUGUAACUGUGUCAGUGAUCUGUUGCUCACCCCCCCUGUCCCUGCCCUCUGGACUCCAGGUGAGGCAAGCAGGAUUGGGGCACUUUUUUGCGGAAGCCGGGGCAUUGCCUUCCCAGACUGGGCCUACAAGCCUGAGUCGAGCCCCGGCUCGCGACAGAUUCAGCUUUGGCACUUCAUCCUGGAGCUGCUGCAGAAGGAGGAGUACCAGAGUGUGAUUUCCUGGCAGGGGGAAUAUGGAGAGUUUGUCAUCAAGGACCCUGACGAGGUGGCCAAACUGUGGGGCCUCAGGAAAUGCAAACCCCACAUGAACUACGAUAAGUUGAGCAGGGCGCUAAGGUACUACUAUAAUAAGCGUAUUUUGCACAAAACCAAAGGGAAGCGUUUCACCUACAAGUUUAACUUCAGUAAGGUGGUGCUGGUGAACUAUCCUCUGCUGGACAUGGCCAGCUCCCCCUUCCUGCUCCAGAACCACUUCAAUGGGGCCUCCGCCGCGCCCGACUGCAGCCCUCUCACACCCGAGGCCCUGCAGUCACUGUUCCCUCGUUUGCCAGAGUCAGGGAGAGGAACCUCCCUGUUUGAUCGAGUGGCCACAGCCCCGGGACCAGAGGGAGAUAAACUGAGACUGGACACAUUCCCCUUCCUCAGCUCAGCCGCUCCCUGUUACUCCAAGCCCCCGUCCCUGUUGGGUCCUUACCCCCGCAACCCUCCCUUCGACUACCCCUGGGGCUUCAAUCCCUACCUCUCAGGGGCCUUCUCCCUCAACAACUGCCCCAAGCUGCCCCCCGGCUCCCUCUAUCCCUCCCACUUCUACCCCAACCCGCUGCAGACCAGCCUGGGCCAGCUGCCUCACCCCUUCUCCUCCCUACUAUCCCCGGGAGAGGUGGCAGGAGGGGGAGAGAGGGGAGCAGCGGGUCAGACCGGGGUUACUAACGGCACGGCAGGUGGGCAGCCCAGACUCUGCUUGCCUCCUUAUCCUGGUGCUCUGUCGCUGGGCCGAACAGACAUUCUCAACGGGGGCUCUGUGGGUGAGAGGGAGAGAAGGGAGACCAAUACCCCAGGCACGGAGCCUGGGUUGGGGUUAGGGUUAGGACUGGGUCUGGGAGGAAUGGUUCUUGGUGGUGGUGCUGGGGGGCGACAGAGCCCAUCGGAGCGGCGAGGCGGGGUGAAGCAGGACCCAGAGUCAGACUCAGACCUGGAGAUCACAGAUCUGAGCGACUGCAGCUCAGACAACGACAACGAGCCUGACUUCAGCAUCACCAAGGAGACCAGGCUGAGUGGUCGAUCACAGAUCCUGGUGGAGGGGAAGAAAGGGGGAGCACUGCCACCUCUCUCCUCCCUCCCUCCCCCCGUGUCCUCCCAUCCGCUCAAGAGCCUGGUGCCCCUCACCCCUCCCCCUCCGUCCCUCCCUCUAACCCUCUCUCCCUCCAUGGCUCUGGUUGAACGGCACAGGGAGACAGAGACUCUAAAAUUGAUCCACAGCUAAUAGAUUCUAUUAGAUAACUCUCUCUCUUUCUCUUCUCUCUCUCUUUCGCUCCCUUCAUCUGUUAUGUGCUCCUUUAUUUGAGCCAUCUUGCCCCGUCUCUCUGUUUUUUUUCUUCCUCUCUCCUCCACCCUUCUCUCUCUCCACCCUUCUUCUCUCUCUCCACCCUUCUUCUCUCUCUCCACCCUUCUUCUCUCUCUCCACCCUUCUUCUCUCUCUCCACCCUUCUUCUCUCUCUCUACCCUUCUUCUCUCUCUCCACCCUUCCGCUCUCUCUUUACAUGUGUACUUGUCCAACAUAGCUUAGAUAGUGAGCUUGCUGAUUUCAACAUUACUGAGAGUCUACCAUGUUUCAGAUGUAUGUGCACUACUUAUUCAUCAUGUGCUCCCACACAUUUUAUUGUCUCAAGAUUUCAGUGAUGUUUUGAGCUUUAACAGCAUUGUACGUUGUUCUGUGCUAUUAGUUUGUUACCGUAUUACUGCAAUGGGUCCAUCAAAUGGCAUAAAUAUAAGUCAAAUGUAUAAUGAAUUACAUUAAAAUAUAAUACUAGAACAAUAAUAAACAACACUACAAUAUACACACAUAAGAUUAAUUGCAAUAAUGGCCACAUGAAAUGAUAUCUGCCAGAGAUAUUACUUUAGUUUUUUGGCGAUUCCUUUUCUUGGGUAUGGAUUUUCUGUUCAAAACAUUGUCAAACAUAGUCAAACAUUGCCAGCUGGUGGUCUUUAUAGGAGGCUGCUACAGUUCAUUGUUUGUUGGGAAAAAUGAUCAUCCCCCAAAUCCAAACAAUUAGUCAUUUUGCUCUGCUAAUGUAAUGCUCUGGUAUUGUAAUGCACAUUUCUAACUCCAUACUUGUUUGUUUGUUAUUGUUUAAUGCUAAUUUAAAUUGCUUAACUUCAGUGAGAGGGAGAGAAAGAGAGCGCAAAAGAGAGCUGGACAAAUCUAGAAUUUGUAUCAAUAUUUCAUUGUAUAUAUUUUAUUAUGAUGUACAUUACAUUUAAUUAUUAUCAAUAUUAUAAAAGUUCGCUGUGUUGGUGUGAUUUAAUUACGUAUUUAAAUAAUGUUGGGAAAUUGACAAGUAUAGGUGUAUUAAAGUUUUAAAUAAUUAACAGCAGUCAGAGUAUCUGCGCUGGAAAGGUGUUUUUUUUAUGAGGAGGACUCAUAUAUGGGGAAUUGUCUCAUAUUUUCUCAACCCCAGCUAAUUGUGCCCUUUGGUCAUUUUCCAAGAAGCCCUUUGGGUUUAAAUAUUCUGGUAGUGUUAUUUUUAUAGUUAGCAUUCACCCAGUGUAACUGUUCUGUCAUUUCUCAAAUGGGAAUAAUAUUGGUUUCAGCACAUUCUUUCAACUACAAUUACAACAAAAAAAAUUAGAUUAUUUUUGAGUGUAAGCUUUUUAUCCAUGGCAACAGUUAGGCAAUAGCUCCCCUUGUAGAAAUGAAAACAAGAGGCACAAAGUAUCUCAAUACCAACUAGGGACAUUCCAUGUUGCUCACUUUGAAGCACAGAGUGCAUACUAACUACCCCACAUUGUACAGAUUCAUAUGGUAUGGUUUGUAACAGGUGGCGGUGUAACAUUAGGUGUGAAAGCCCUAUUGUAAAGGUCAUGUAAUUCUAUAUUUGUUAGAUUCUACCAGAAAUCUCUGUUUCAUGAUCUCUGUGUGGCAUUUACCAACACCACUGUAAAUACUCUUUCCUUUGUGAAUGUAUGUGUAAACACAUCCAAAAUGAUCAUGCCGUGAAAUAAUGUCACAUUUCUUUGUUUUAUUGUAAAGAGGAAAAAUGGAAAGAUCAAAAUAAGAAAAAAUAUGAAUAACUUCUAAAGCAAUAAACAUUAUUCUGGAG